AUGUCCGCUUCCGAGUCCCCAAUGCCUUAUGUAUCUGCUGCCCAGGUCCAGCCUCCAGCUGCCGACGACAUGGACACCACCGCCCACGAGUGGUACACCCUACCCGUCAACCCGCCCUACGACGCCCACUAUGGCUUCGUGAACCCCUACGUCACUCCCUCGGUAUCGUCGGCAGGCUUCUCUCCCAUUCCCGAGCACGCAAAGUCCACCGGCGCGCCCACUCCCAUGCUCGCCUACUCCACCACCGCUGCCGACUCGUCGACCUUCCCCAGCGUCUCUGGUCCCGUUUCCUUCUCGUUGCCCGAGCAAGCACCCCCGCGCCUCUCCAUCCCCUCCCACCUCGAGACCUCGCACGGCUACAACUUCCUCCGCGGCUCCGACAACUACUACGUCUACGGCUGCAACGUUCCCUUUGACAGCAUUCCGCCACGCCCUCACAGCAGCCCCAGCGUGUUCAGCCCCGUUACACCAGGCGGCAGCAGAGCCUCGGAGCACUUCGCCUGGCCGCCCAGCACCAACGCCCUCGGCAUCUCGCACCCGGGCAUCGACGAGACCAUGUUCGCCAGCUCCAGCCACCACCAGCCCGCAGUCCUUGCAUCCAGCCCGCCGCAUGGCAGCGGCGCCCCUACCCCCGAGAUCCGUGCUCCCAAGCCAAACCGCCCCUACGCCCUGAUCGCUCCUCACCCGCUCGGCGUGCAGCGGUUGGCCGCCACCGCCAAGCGUGGCCACGAGGAUGACUCGGACAUGGCCGAGACCUCGAUCAAGCGCCGCAAGUCCAGCUCCUCGACCGGCCUGCACGAACUCGGCGAGGAGGACAAGCUGCUCCUCAAGCUCAAGGACGAGGAGAGCCUCCCGUGGAAGGACAUCGCCGCCCGCUUCCAGACGGAUCUGGGCAAGACGUACCAGAUUCCUGCCCUGCAAAUGCGCCUGAAGAGACUGAGGGAGCGCCUCCGGGUCUGGACCGAUGCCGACGUCAAGGCUCUGCGCAUGGCUCACGACUACUGGAGGGACCAGAAGUUCGAGAUUAUUGCUUCAAAGAUGAUGGAAUUUGGAGCCUCAGACCGGUGGACCGCCAAACAGUGCGCCCGGAAGUGGGCCGAAGUCGACCCCAGCGCAACGCCCUUCAUGACGACCCAGGAUGAGCCCCAGCACGCCGCUUUCUCGUACACGGCAAGCCCGGAGAGCACCGGCUACCUGCCCUACAUGCACAUGCCUUGA